CGUCUGGCGUCAUCGACGUCGAACGGGACUGUUUGUUCUGGAUUUGGGGCGAGGAAGGUCUACGGGCGCUGACAAGCAACUGAACAAGGUUUGACACUCGCCUCUCUAUGUGUUGUGGUUUCCCUGAACUCACAGCGUGUCGCUGACAAGCAUCCCGUGUUUCCUCAGAAAGGUGCCACCUCACCAACUGAGAUAUGAUUACACUAGUGGAGUAGACCACAGCGGCACAGCAUCAACCAUAGGGUCAAAGGAGGAAUGUAAUGGCCUGAGGGGGUUCCCCCCACUACAACCUGCCCCUGCCAGGUCCAACCCAUCUCACCUGUCUGCUCGCUCACUGCAACCCUCUGCUGUGAUGGGAGACGGACUGGAGGCGGGCAGCAGCCAGCACCUCCCUCCCGCCACGCCGCCUCUCCCCUUCAACCCUCCUCCUCCAGAAACAUGGAACCCUUCCAGACCCAAACGACAGACCAACCAGCUACAGUACCUGCUUAAAGCGGUGUUGAAGACAUUAUGGAAACACCAGUUUGCAUGGCCCUUCCAAGCACCUGUAGACGCAAUGAAACUUAAUUUGCCUGACUACUACAAGAUAAUAAGGAGUCCUAUGGACAUGGGCACCAUAAAGAAACGUCUGGAGAACAACUACUACUGGAAUGCCCAGGAGUGUAUCCAAGACUUCAACACAAUGUUCACAAACUGCUACAUCUACAACAAGCCUGGGGAUGAUAUCGUCCUUAUGGCCGAGGCUUUGGAAAAGCUCUUCCUGCAGAAGAUCACAGAGAUGCCGCAGGAAGAGGCGGAGAUCGCCGUGGUCAAUAAGGGUCGUCGUGUAGGGAGGCGUGAGCCCUCUCUGAUGACUAUGUCGGAUUCAGGCCAAGACUCAUCCUCUCCGUCAACGACCCCGCAUACGAGAGGCUUUUCAUCGCCCUCAACCACUCCACACACCCGUGGCACACCAACCCUCCCCUUAACCCAACCUUUACCUCAGCCCCUCGUCCAGCCCUUAACCCAACCUUUACCUCAGCCCCUCGUCCAGCCCUUAACCCAACCUUUACCUCAGCCCCUCGUCCAGCCCUUAACCCAACCUUUACCUCAGCCCCUCGUCCAGCCCUUAACCCAGCCCUUAACCCUGCCCUUAACACUGCCCUUAACCCAACCCUUAAUUCACUCCUUAUCUCAACCAUUACCCCAAACCGUACAGCAGGCUUUAGCCCAGCCUUUAGUCCAGCCUUUAGUCCAGCCUUUAGCCCUCUCCCAAAUCCAGACACAACACCCGCGGGUGCCUCCCACGCCUACAAAUCACGCUUCACAUCUUGGACCCCAGUUUGCCCUCUCUACCCCAGACGUCCUAGGCCCAGGCAUGACGUCUGUCCCCCCUCUAGCCAUGACACACCCAGGCCUCCAUCCUCCACCGGUGCUGCAGAGUUCCCCGGCCCUCAUCAAGCAAAAGAAAAGCCAGAAGAGGAAAGCGGACACCACCACCCCCACCGCCAACGACCAGCUAAGCGAGUCGCCCCCAGUGUCCGACGUGACCCGGCCUCGCCGAGACAGCGCCCGCCCGUCGAAGCAGCCCAAACGGGACUCGUUGCAGCCGGACUCCCAGCAUCACAUGGGUGGAAGCCUGGAGAUGGGCGCCACGGCGACGUCCAAGCGCCAGGAUCAGCUCCGCUUCUGCGCACGACUCGUUAGAGAGAUGCUGUCCAAGAAGCACAUGGCGUACGCCUGGCCUUUUCACAAACCCGUCGACGCCAAAUCUCUGGGCCUGCACGACUACCACGACAUCAUCAAGCACCCAAUGGAUCUCAGCACCAUCAAGAAAAAGCUGGAUAACAGGCAGUACAGAGACGCAGAAGAGUUCGCUGCAGACGUCCGGUUGAUGUUCUCCAACUGUUACAAGUACAAUCCUCCAGAUCACGACGUUGUUUCCAUGGCGCGUAAAUUACAGGACGUGUUCGAGAUGCGCUUCGCCAAAAUGCCAGACGAGUCCGAAGGGCCCACGCCGGUCCCCACGCCGUCGUCGGCCCUCCUCUCCGUCCCCCCCACUCGACAAGCCCCUCCUACGUCUGCUGCGUCGGAAAACGACAGCUCGAGUUCCUCCGACUCCGAGUCGUCCAGAGGAGACUCGGAACAGGAACGACAACAGCGACUGGCCGAGCUACAGGAGCAGCUUAAAGCUGUUCAUGAGCAGCUGGCGGCGCUCUCCCAGCCACCGACCAGCAAGCCCAAGAAGAAAGAGAGAGACAAGAAGGAGAAGAAGAAGGAAAAGCAUAAAAAGAAGCAGGAAGCUGAGGAACCCGCAGAAACCUCUCCUCCCGCGAUGCUUCAGACUUCUAAAAAAAGCAAGAGUAAAGAUCCCGUCACGAUAAAGGAGAAGAAGAAGAAGCCCAGUAAGAAAGAAGACGUCAAAAACAGCCGGCCAGCUCCGCCCCCUCCGUCAGGACCCAUCGCUCUUCUGCCUUCAGCUUCUCUGGAAGCGGAGGACGACAUCGAUCUUGGCUCUUCCAAGCCGAUGUCGUACGAGGAGAAGCGCCAGCUGAGCCUGGACAUCAACAAACUGCCCGGCGACAAGCUCGGCCGAGUCGUGCACAUAAUCCAGACGAGGGAGCCGUCGCUGAAAAACUCGAACCCCGAUGAGAUCGAGAUCGACUUUGAGACCCUGAAGCCGUCUACGCUGCGGGAGCUGGAGAAAUACGUUUCUGGCUGCCUCAAGAAGAAGAAAAAACCAUCAGUAGAGAAAUCUCUGGAAAUGACCAAGGUAAAGACAGGAUCUUCAUCUUCAGGCAGCAGUGACUCCUCAGACAGCGAGGACUCUGAGAAUGGGCUGGUUCCCAAGCAACAGAAGAAGACGUUACCCAACAAGGACUCCAAGAGAGGGAACCACCAGCCGCUCCCUCCUCCUCUUCCUCCCAUUGGGAUGCUCCCAGUCGCCCCCGCGCCUCAAACACAACCCCAGCUGUUCCAGCCCAAGCCCCCGUUUGUAUCCGCUCCCUCUGUCCCGCCGCUGGACUCGUCUCAGCUGCUGUCCUCGGGAUUCGACCCUCUGGCACAUUUCAUGAAUUCCCACCUGACCGAGUCAAACGCAGAGUCCGGCGCCGCCGUUGCCACCGCCGGGGCAGCUUUACCCCCGGGCCUGCUGAAUGCAAACGCGCCCCUCAACCAGACGCCGACUGACACGCAUCCCUUCCUAAACCAGCAUCCCAUCGUUCCUUCCCCAGCCCUCCACAACGCUCUCCCCCAGCAACCAUCCAGACCUAGCAACCGCGCUGCGCCUCUUCCGCCCAAACCGCCGCAGCCUCCUCCAUCCUUGCUGCCUACCCUGCCUCCUCCGCCACCCUCCACCCCCGCGCAGCUCCAACCCACACUUCCCUUGAGCCUCCCGCAGCCAGUCCACCGCCCACGCGUACCAUCGCCGCCGUCGCACGGCAUCCUGGGUACCCUCUCGGCUCAACCUCCUCAGGCUUUGCUGGAGGACGACGAAGAGCCUGUGCCGAACAGCUCCGAGACGCCACCGCUCAGCCAGGUUCAUAACCUGCUGCAGUCGCUGCAGCCCCGGUCCACCAUACCGCCGCAGCUGCAGCCGCUGCACACACACUCGCCCGGGCAGGCCGCUUCCCAGCUCCUGCAGUCGAUACACACGCAGGGCUUGACGGCGGCACCGCCUACCCAGACGCAGAGACACGUCCCGGCUCACGUUCCCCAGCUGUUCCCGAAUUCCCAGGCGGCAGCGUCCCAGCAGCUGAAGGGCGCCGUCUUGCAGCAGAAGGUCCAGCAACUCCAGCAUCAGCAGCAGCCGUCCCCACACAACACAGCAGAGGCCUUCUCAACUAAAGGCUGCCUGCGUGAAAGCCCCUCUCCUCUAAUGAUGCAUUCGCCUCAAAUGCCUCAGUUUCAUCCAAUGGGACAGCAGUCACCUUUACAGGCCAAGAAGCAUGAGCAAAGGUCCAACCUGGUGGGAGUUAAAGAGGAAAAGCCUUCGCAGUCUCCAGGUCUACCUUCAUCACCUUUCAGCCCUGCAAUCCGCCAAGACGCACACAAACACGACAACAAACACAGUUUGGACAUAAAGCCGCUGGAUGGUUCUCGUCCCGUUUUUUCCCGCCUCCCUAACUCCCCGUCGCCGCCCGCCUCCCAACCGGAGAACAAAAUCAAGCAAGAACCCAAGACCCCCAUCGCACCCAAAAAGACACCGGACGUGAAACUAAAGAACAUGGGCUCCUGGGUCAGCCUGGCUCAUCGCGCCCAGUCUGCACCGACGUCAUCGCUGCGCUCGUCCAGCGACAGCUUCGAGCGCUACAAGCGCGUCGCCAUGGAGAAGGAGGAGCGGGAGAGACAGCUGAAAGCCCAGGCGGAGCAGGCCAAGAGAGUGCAGGAGAUGCUACGCCGCGACGACGACGACACGACGGAGCACAGUCGCCGAGGGCGACAGUCGCCCCUCGCUCCGACCCCUCCACCCGUCUCCUCUCCGCCCACUCACUCCCCUCAGCCUCCCCCGGCUCCCGCCAAACAACAAGCUCCGCCCCCUCCGCCUGCGGCAGCAGCUGCAGCACACAGCGCUCUGGACCAGCAGAGGGACCGGGAGCGCCUCCGCGAACGGGACCGGCGCUUCAGAGAGGCCAUGGCGGACAACAUCGACAUCAAUUUCCAGAGCGACCUGAUGGCGAUUUUCGAGGAGAGUCUUUUCUGAAAAGGAAAAAAACAAAGCAAAAAAAAAAAAAAAGCACGAGACGAGGACACGAUAAGUUGCGUUUGCAAAUGUACAAGCGUCACGAGAAACAGAGCUCUGAGAUGCAUGGUUGCCGCCGUCGACACAAACCCACAUCAUCGACCGGACCUAGCAGAAACCUCUCCGCCCCGUUAGCUUGUUGUGAUUGGGAAUGUAGAGAAACGGCUUUUCUCCACCCCGGGUUUCCUGCUUGAAGUUCAUUGGUUACUUAUUGAUCUCCAAGGACGACGGGAUAAGCAGUCUGAAACUUUUAGCAGAGAAUCGAAAUUGAAUCUUCUUCAUUAUGUUAAAUUAUAAACUGGAGCAAUUUCUUUCUUUUUUUUUUUUUUAAAUUUCUGGGGAACUGUAGCUAACAGGAGAACAAAUAGAACAGCCUGCUUUGCUUUUACUUUUCUCCUCUCCCCUCAGAUUUUCGCUGGGGGAAUCUGGACUCUUGUGGUUGAGUUUGUAAGGUUUUCGUCAGCUAUCAUUUAGAAGCUUAUUGUUUUCUCAGGAUACGGUGUGUUUUCUGUUUUUUUUUUUGUUUUGUUUUUGUUUUUUUAUAAGACCUCCUUUUACCUCCCACUUCCCCCUCUGCAACAAUCAGGAGUGACCACGGAAGAAGCAACCAUGUUUCAAAAGUUUUCAAAGUGCGUCCCUUGCCUUAGCGCUCUGGCCUGUAAACUAAUCACGCCCUACAAAUUAUACAUAUUAUAUAUAUAUAUAAAUAUAUAUAUAUAAAAAUAGAUACACAAAUAUAUAUAUUAUAUAUGACAAAAAAAAGAAAUAAGUCAUUGAAGAAUAUGAGAGGGAUGUCGUUUGUGGAGAGCAAAGCUCGUGUCUGUGUUCAUCUCUGAGCUAUGGUUUUGAUUUUGUAGGCUUUACUGUAAAGAAGAAAAACAACAAAAAAAAAACAACACUUUUUUAUGAUUCUAUUGAGAGGAUUGUUUCGUCUGUCUUAUUCUCACAUUUUCAGUUUUUGUUUUGUGGUUUGUUUGUUUUUUUUUUUUUUCUUAACUCUAUGCCAAAACAAAUCCAUUGAGUGCUGAAAGUUGUUUCACGUUUUUUACAUGUAAAUUGCAUCGUCUCUUCACUUUAUAUUAAAGACUGUCAUCAUUGCUAUUUAAAAUUUUGCUUCCCCUCCCUCCCCUUCUUCCCUUUUAAAUCGAAAGUUAUGCAACAGGUUUUCUCUUUCUUCAAAAGGAGUUUUACGCGCCUAGGUCCCAUCAUUUUGUACUUACGGGGUAAAUCUGCACUCAAGUGUUUUAGUCUGUUUUUAAUUUUUUUUUUUUAAAGAUAUUUCUUUGUUGUUUUUUUUAUUUUUCUUCUUCCCUUCAUGUGGAUAUUUUUAGUCGGUCUUGCCCAUCUCGCCUGCCACGAUCAUCACAGUUUCAAUAGUCUCUGAUGGACUUCUCUUCACUUCGCCCUUCAUCACUCUUACCUCGCGCUCGUCGUCCGCAGCGAGAGCGUUUUGGAUUUUGUGUGCCAUUGUGUUGAUCUGGAAGCGGGAGAUUUUCCCGCUUCCUUGAGGUUUGGCUCGGAGAUCCAGGAGUGUUUUCUGCUCUGUCGUUUACUGUAUUUUUUUUUUUCUUCCUUUUCUUUUCUUUUCUUCUCAUCUUCAAGGUGUCCUAUUUCUCCUUUGCUGUUUGUCUUUUCUUUCGAUUUAUUUUGCCCAGAAAAAUGUGUUGGUGAAUGAGGCAUUGAGGUCAAUAGAUUCAUCUUCAUAUAAUGGAGUACAGCAUCUUUGUUUUUUUUUUUGUUUUUCUAAGAAAAGUAUUAAAAUAUUUAAAAACCUCA